CUCGCUUAUGUCUAAUGAUUUACUAAAAAGCACAAUUAAAAACGAAAUUGACAGGUAACAACUGACAACAAUGCACGCAUGUACAGUGGAUAAAAAAACUCCCAACUCCUAAAAUCCCAUUCCCUUCCAACUCUAAUGACGGUAUCUGACGUCACCGCCGGUCACAAUGUCACGGCAAUCCCCACUUUCCUUCCCCUUUCCAUUUCCUUUCUCUUCUCUCUCUCUUCUUCCCUCUCCUUCCCUAUCUCUCCUGUCUCUUCCCCUCGCAUCAGCAUCAAUCCAUCAGAUCGUCUUCCUCUUCACCUCCCAAUCUCUUAUCCUGCACCCCAACAGUUGGCGCGCACGUUAGGACAUACCACGCGCCACCAAUAAUGGACCCCCACGGUCCCACCCACCAACUCCCCGCGUCCGUUGGCGGCGGCCGCGAGGACUGCUGGAGCGAAGCCGCCACCGAGGUGCUCAUCGAGACGUGGGGAGACCGUUACGUGAAGCUCAACCGCGGGAAUUUACGACAGAAGGACUGGAAGGAGGUCGCUGACGCUGUUAACUCCAGCCGUUAUGACGGCAUCGUCAGGCUCAAGACCGAUGUUCAGUGCAAGAACCGCAUCGACACUUUGAAGAAGAAGUACAAGCUGGAGAAAGGGAAGCCGGCGCCGUCGAAGUGGCCGUUCUUUCAUCGUCUCGAUUCCCUCAUCGGCGUUGCAAAGAAACCCCCCUCCGUCACUUUCACAGUGAACUCCUCCCGCCACAAGCCAGGCGUUAACCCGAAUCUAUAUGCGGCCGGCUCGAAGUCAACAGAAAGCUCGUUUGGCGGCGAUGACGAUAAUGAUGAGGACGAAGGGGUGGGUUCGAUGGCUAGGAAACAGCAUCGAGCACAGGCCGUAGAUUUUUCUGGUGGGGCUGGGUAUAGGGAAUUGGCGAGAGCAAUAUUGAAAUUCGGGGAGGCUUAUGAGAGGAUAGAGAGCUCGAAGCAGCAGCAAAUUAUGGAGUUAGAGAAGCAGAGGAUGGAGUUUAUGAAGGAUCUCGAAUUUAAGCGAAUGAAUAUGUUGAUGGAUGCUCAGGUACAGCUGGAGAAGUUGAAGAGAAAGAGGCAAGCUGCUGAUUCAGGGAAGAAAUCAUAGUCUUGGACCUCAUGAUUCCUCUGUUUCUAAGAAGACCUGCAGCCUGGACAUAUCUGUGACAACCAAUUUCUGGGAUCUCUUGCUCUAAAAUAGAAGACUUGCAGCCUGACUAUAUAUAUCAAGGUCUUUUUUUUGGAUAUCUGGUGCAGGAAUGGGGCUUUUUUGGGUAUGGCGGGUCUUAAUGAUGGUGAAGUGUAUGUAGCUGUUGUUGUAACGGUUGAUGUACAUAAUUAGUUGUCUCGAUAUAGAUAUCUUCUAGUUUCUAACUGUAACAUGGUCACCUUCUAUAUUUGUAAAUCAUAUGUUGUAUGCGAUUGAUGUAUAAUAGGUUGCAUUUGCAUUUUGUCUCAA